AUGGCGUAGGCAUACAAUUCUUUCUAUCAGAUAUGAGUAGUUGUAUCGUGAUAUAUUCUCUGAUUAAAUUGCGCAGUCAGUUAAAAGAAAGUAUAUAAAGAUGAAGUGUGAAAGAAGUCUUAUUUGACUACAGAAAAUAUAAAAUAUGGGCCUAAAAGCAGCCAUUCAGGCUUUAAAGAAAGCAGAACCGUUAAAAGACAAGGUUCAACGUUGUAAGGACUUGUUAAAUGACUAUGAUGCCUGGAUAUGUCAACAACAGUUACAAAAGAUAUAUCAGCAAGUUCUAAUACUGGAUCUGGAAUAUGCCUUGGAUAGAAAGGUUGAGCAGGAGCUGUGGAAUCUUGGAUUUAAGAAUUAUAUAGCAACUCUACAGUCACAAGUUAAAGAUAAAAAAAAUCCUAAACGUAUUGAGUCUCAGGCAUUGCUCAGUAUGUGUUUAGAAGCAGCUAGUGGAUUUUACUUGACACUGUUGCAGGAAAUUUGUACUGUAUUUGAUUUGGAUUUACCAUUUAGAAGGAAAGGUUAUGUAUAUGGAUGUACAUCAUCAUGGAAAGCUGUUGAAAAAUUAUCUCCACCACACAGAUCAUCUUGUUUUUAUGCUUGCCAAUAUUGCCUUGUACAUUUGGGUGAUAUUGCACGAUAUAGAAAUGAAAGCAAACAAGCUGAGAUGUUUUAUAGACAUGCUGUCUCAUUAUCGCCAUCCAGCGGACAGCCAUACAAUCAGCUGGCACUUCUCGAGGCAUCUCGUGGUGAUAAAUUGGGCACUGUAUUUCAUUAUGCACGUUCAGUAGCUGUUAAACAUCCAUUUCCAGUUGCUAUGGCAAAUCUUGCCACAACUUUGUCCUCUGCCUUGAAUGACAAGUCUUUCAAUAUAGAUGGAAAGACCAAAUUGACUUCUCAAGAAUACAUUGCAGUCUUUCUCAAGCUACAUGGAAUCAUUCAUAAUUUUGGCGAUUUGAAAGUUGCAUGCUCAUAUAGCAAGCAGCUGACAGAAACAUUAACUGCACUGAUAGCCACUGAAAGUUUCAGCUCAUGGAUGCUCAUACAGAUGCUUGUGAUCAAUCUGUAUGCUUUCCAACACGCAGCUGGAAUUACUACUGAUAGUACAGAAUUACUAAAAAAUGAGCAAUUAACUAACGAUGAAAAACUUGCUCGCGACUGCAUUCUAGAUCUAAUUGCAGGCACUCUAUCUGCCUUGCUAUUACCUGUUUAUACAAUAAAAAAUUCUAUUAUUGAAUACUUUGCCUUGCCUUCAAUAAAACUGUGCCUUGAUUGGAUCAGUAUAAAACCCAUGGUUUUGGAAGAAAUAGCUUUUACAUCAAGAUUACAGAUCUGGCCCAGCCUUUGUGUACUGUUAAAUGCUCUACAGAAUUGUGUGGUGGAUUUCAAACAUGAGGAAUAUGUUGCAGUGCCAUUGCCAGAGGACCGUGAUCUUCAAGGUUUUUUGCCGUUGGAAAAAAGUUUUGGAAAUCUCAGAUUUACAAAUACUGCUCUUGAAAGUGACAUCAUAACGUUAAAUAAGUUACGGGCUGUACGUAUUUUGCAUUUGGGCUGUUGUCUCGCUCAGUAUCAGAUCAAUGGAUCAGCACCAAUAUCGAUUAUAAUGCAAGAGGAAACUGGCAAUAAAAGAUUUAUAUCUAUGAGUAACGGUGGUGGUCUCAGUAAUGAACUGAUGAAAGAACUUGAAGAACUUAGUUUGAACAAAGAGAAACAAUCGAAUAUGUCAAUGAGUCCGACAUUGUCCGAAACUGCUAGCAGCAAAGGAUCUUUGGAAAUUGAUAUCGAGAUGCUUGCAGACAAGAAAAUUUUUCAAGGCAUUCUGAAACCGCAAGGCUCGUUAGAACGAAAUCGUGAUUCUUUAACGAACAUUGCAGAAGCAAGCGGCAUCGAAGUAAGUUCUUUCGCGAAAAAACCGCGGCAAAAUAUAGCGAUGCAGGCGAUUAUGCGUCGCGCGGAGACGGAGCAGAAGCAAGUGACGUUUAAAAAUGUGUCACCUGUGAUUGUUGAAGAAGAGAAUGAAAACAAAAAGGCUAAUGUAACCGUUCCUUUGAUUACCACUUCUAUCACAAAUAAGCCAAAAAUGUCAAUUUCGGAGAUGACUAUACCUAGUGAAACUCUUAGUAUGAAUAAUACGCACGUUCAAAAUCGACAGGUAAUAAUGCCGCUUGCUCCUCUUAACCGAAACCCAUCGGUUCAAAACCAGCCAAUCCAAAGACACACAAAAUUGCCGCUCAACGUUUCUGUUCCCGCUCAAGUGAAUCAGUUGACAAGUAAAGAACAGCAAGUCAUCCAGCAAAUACUACCACAGAUGCACGUUAAUAUGACACAGUGCGAUCAACAGGUUUCGACAUUAAGACCGAUAUGCUAUACGAAUCAGUCAUCGUUUAACGUACAGAAUCCGCAGUUUGCAAAAAAUUUCAUGGCAAAUCGACCUCAAUCAACAAAUAUGUCGCGUUAUCAAAUUCAGGAACAGCUGAACAACGGCCACUUAGUUUCAGCGAUACCGCAGUCCUUAAAUGGGAUUACGCAUACGAUUAGUCAAAGCAGACCGUUGCAUCAUAGGAUAUCGCAGAACGUGUCUCAUAGUCCCGCGCAGUUGCUGCAGCAACCUAUGCGAGUAGAAUCUGCUGCUCAACAAAAUAUGAACUUGCAAACGACCAACAUGGGACUGCAGCCGGCCAUAAACAUGGAGCAAAAAAAUUGCGCAAUAGAUUUUCAACAUAACGCGUUACAGAGCAAUCCCAGACCGAACGGCAUGUCUAAUCAGUUAAAUAUCGACAACUCGACAAACAUGUCAGCAAUUAUGUCAACACUGUAUGAAAAGGAUUCUCAGAAGCAGACUUUGCCGUCACUGCCGGCAAACACGCAAAUUCCGACGAGCACAAAUUUUCAGCUUAACUUCGAUCAUACUCAAGCAUUUGGUCAACCAUUGUCCAAUCAGUUAUCGCAAUCAUACUAUAAAGACUCUGAUGUGGUUGACUUUCCAUUUCCAAAUCAAACCGAUGUGGCGAAGGUUCAGAAACUGCAACAACAGACGUCGGCAAAUAAGUAUAUGUUCGGCAAUUAUGAAUUAACUGAGCAUUUUAAUUUGUGGAAAGACAAUCGACCGCCCCAACCGCCAAUUACAUGGUGGGGUUCAGUCAGUAAUACUGCUACGACUCAAGUGCAUAUGAAAGAUUCAAUCGCUAGUGAUUCCAAUACAUUCUCAAACUGGAGCGAUUUGUUCAAUCUAGGAAAUAUUGCAAAUAGAAUGUCACUGACACCGGGUAAAAAUUAUCAACAGCUACAGCAAAAUGGGCAACAUGGUAAACAUCUUAUGCCGGAAAAUAACUUCGAGAAUUCCAGAUUGUUUGAACUCGAGCAGAAGCCGUUACAAUCUGUGAGCACUGACAACACUUAUUCGUUGUUCAGUGGCAAUACAUGGAGCCACACUGUCAAUACACCGAUCACUUCAUCUGAUCAAACUCAAAUAAAGGCGCAACUUCAUCAACAAUCUCUGUGGUCCGGACCAGGCCCUUCUCCAUUAGAACGACUUCUGGAGCAGCAGAAAUCACUGCGCGAAGGCGAUACUACUUGAAGAGAUGUAGUCUACUAAGAAGAGGACAAGCAGAGUAAUUUCGCGUUCAGCGUAUACCGAUUUAAAUCACCACAAUGUACGCGAUGGCGCAAAAAAUUAAAACUAUUCGAGAGAUUAUUUAACUAUGUUAAAUUCUCUAAUGAUACAUAGAAAGAACUGAGAUCCACUGAGAUUCUCAUCUUCAAAGCAUUAUGACAUGCGUACAGAGAUGUAAUAAAAAAAAACUUCAUUAUUUUCUAGUUGCAUCUGAUGAGAAGUUUGCGAGAGAUUUGAUAUAUAAUAAUAUAAUAAACAUCACGCGAGGUUUAGAGCAAAUUUCAUUGCAUUAAUUUAUAAACAAAAGGCACACCAGAUUGAAAUUGAUGAUUCUGCAACUUCAAUUUAAUUCAUAUACGAAAAUAAAUAGAUGAGCAAAGAUCAGAUAUUAGAGAGGAGCAAGAUACAGUAGCUCUUAGCAUAUGAAUUAGUAUAUAAAUUAGUGCGCAAGAUUUAUGUAGAUGCUAGUUACGAGCGAAAUGAGUGCGAUUUCACAUGUUGAGAUAUUUAAACAGGCUAUAAUGAACUACACUUUGUUCAACGAGAGUAUUAUUGGAGCGAAAACUCGUCCGUUUUGCGCAUACCUCCUAUCAGAAAGCCCUUCCACUUUACAGUGUUCUACUCGUGCAGCUGCCAUUGGUUGCGUUCAGUAGAACUCAGCGCUUUGUGAUUAUUGUUUGUCAUUAGCAUAUGCUUUCAUGUUUUCAAUAGAUUUACAGGAAGGUGCCAAUCACAAACAAUAAGCGCAAAGCGCUUGCUUAAGCGCUGAGUUCUGCUAAACGCAGCUGCCAACGGAUGUCUCGCGCACAAUGCUCUCCUCACUUUGCUCGCUUUGCUUCCCCUAUGCACAGAUCGAUGAUAUUCUCUUGUUGAACAGAGUAUACAUAUAUAUGUGUGAUGCACAUCACACAUACUGACAAUAUGUACAAAAACCACCUAUCGUUGACAAUGUGCAUUGUUUCGUAAGUUUUGUCUCGAAUUAUGUUUUGUCUCAGCAAUACCGAAAUCAAUCAGGAACAAUCUGUAUAUCAAAAUUAAAUAGAGACUAAAGUUAAUUGGUUAAAGGUUAAAUAACAAAAUGGUUAAACGUUAAAGAAGAAACAUUGGUUAAACAUUAAAUAAUUUUUAACAUAAUGACUUUACUUCAUAUUAUAAAAAUAUGUGGUUAUCAAGUUUUUGAUUUCGUAAACUAUGUAAAUUGUACACACCUUGUGACUAAAAUAUGUACACAUCACGAAAUAUUCCUUCGUUUUGUCGCAAUCAAACUCUUAAAAAAAUUCUCAUAUUGCAUUGAGUACUCUAAUAUUAUAUUUACUGAAAAAAAUAUAUAUAGGAUAUGCGUAUAUAGAAACAUUUCCUAUGUAUAUAUACACACACACACACACACACAGUAUAUGAAAUGUUCCAGGCAAAAAUAUUUAAGUGUUGUUU